CACCCGCACCCGCCGCCCGCGCACCUGGCCGCCCCGCACCUGCAGUUCCAGAUCGCGCACUGCGGCCAGACCACCAUGCACCUGCAGCCCGGCCACCCCACGCCGCCGCCCACGCCCGUGCCCAGCCCUCACCCAGCGCCGGCUCUCGGCCCCGCUGGCUUGCCAGGCCCUGGCGGCGCGCUCAAGGGGCUAGCCGCUGCGCACCCCGACCUCCGCGCGGGCGGCGGCGGCGCGGGCAAAGUCAAGAAGUCGGUGGACAAGAACAGCAACGAGUACCGGGUGCGGCGCGAGCGCAACAACAUCGCCGUGCGCAAGAGCCGGGACAAGGCCAAGCAGCGCAACGUGGAGACACAGCAGAAGGUGCUGGAGCUGACCAGUGACAAUGACCGUCUGCGCAAGCGGGUGGAACAGCUGAGCCGCGAACUGGACACGCUGCGGGGUAUCUUCCGCCAGCUGCCCGAGAGCUCCCUGGUCAAGGCCAUGGGCAACUGCGCGUGAGGCGCGGGGCGGCGGGACCGCCCUGGGCCGGCCGCCGGCUGCGACCCAGGGAAUGGUUUCGGGUCUCCGGAUCUCAAGACUGGCCCAGCGGCGCAAGCCGGGACUAGGAGAUUCCGGUGCGGCCAGAAAGGCUGGCCUACCGCGCGCGCCCCUUGCCUUCCUCCGCGCCAGAUUCGGUGCGUCUAAGAUGAGGGGUCAGGCGAUGGUUUCUCCCUGCAGGAGAGGAGAAGUGCUGUGGGGCUGAGCCGGGAACCCCGGCAACUCUAGUAUUAAGGAAUAACCUUGUGCCUUGGAAACGCAAACUCACCGCUCCGAUUCCUACCGAGUAGGGGGAGCAAAUAUGUGCCUUGUCAUUUUAUCUGGAGGGUUCCUGCCUCAUUUCUGAGGCGGCAGGCCCCCAGGAGAGAAGGCAAUGUGCAGGCCCACGGCAGGAGGAAGGUUCAGGGAGCAGAGAUCCUGACAAGCCAGCCCUACCGCUCCUCCAGCGCCUGUCCUUGGAAGGGAGGAAAUACAGGGACUUGGAAGGUUGUUCCCCCAGUUCUACACGAAGGUGGAGGGUCCCUAGUUCCUUGCUUCUAAUCUCCCAGCCUGCAACAGGGAGGCACUUAGAUGGGGGUCACUGGGUGACCGGUGGGAGCCCCCUGCCCCCAGUCAGACCAGAAAGCUAGGACAGGGAUUAGUUCUCCGGACAUGUGUUCAUGGGAGUGGCAGCCUGGUGGCGCAGGGACACCUAGAGCUCUGGUCCAGGGUGGGGGGGGGGGGUGAAGGGACCCUGGGACCAUCAGCCUUGUACUGUAUGUUGCCAGCAUUGCCCUACAAACAUGAAGCACAAUCUGUCCAUCCCAGAGGGACCGAAGUUAUGAGAAGCUUUCCAAAUAUUUUGCUUUAUCAGCCGAUAUCAACACUUGUAUCUGGCCUCUCUGUCCCAGCGGUGCCUUGUGCAAUGUGAAUGUGCACGUCUAUGUUAAACCACCAUUUUAUUUGGUUUUUGUUUUGUUUUGGUUUUGCUCAGAUACUUGCCAAAAUGAGACUCUUUGUCAGCAGCUGCAGGGAGGGUCUGCGGCUCUCUUUCCUUUUGGUUUUGGGGGAUUGCUUUUGCUCCCAGGGGAACCAAAGAGGUGAGGUGGGCUUCCUCUUUCCCUGGGGGGUGGGGGGGCUGUGGGCCUCGGUGCCCUCCGGCCUGGGCCGCCCACAGGCCUGUCCCCCCAGAGGCCCUGGCUCCUGGUCUGGAAGGGAGGCGGCCUCCAGCCAGCAUGCAUAGAUUGCUGGGGCUGGGAGCAGGGAAGGACAGCUUGGUUCUCUCCUUUGGGGAGAACGUAGAGUUUCAUGCUAGAUGUUUUAUGUAUUAUAUCUAUAAUAUAAACAUAUCAAAGUAAA